AGGCCGCCGGGCCCCGGAGAUGAGGCGAGGAUGUCGGUGUCAGGGCUGAAGGCCGAGCUCAAGCUGCUCGAGUCCAUCUUCGGCAAAGACCACGAGCGCUUCCGCAUCGUCUCCUGGAAGCUCGACGAGCUCCACUGCCAGUUCGUGGCGCUCCCUUCGCCUCCGCCGCCGGCCGCCCCUCACAACACCGGCCCGCCGCCUCAGCCGCUCACCAUCCACUGCAACAUCACGGAGUCUUACCCCUCUUCGUCGCCAAUAUGGUUUGUGGAAUCAGAUGACCCUAACUUGACUUCAGUGUUGGAGCGUUUAGAAGAUAUUAAGAAGAGCAAUACUCUGCUUCUCCAGCAGCUGAAACGAUUGAUAUGUGAUCUCUGCAGAUUAUACAAUCUUCCUCAGCAUCCUGAUGUCGAAAUGUUAGACCAGCCGUUGCCAACGGGCCAGAAUGGAACAACGGAAGAAGUCACAUCAGAAGAAGAGGAGGAGGAAGACAUGGGUGAAGACAUUGAUCUAGAUCAUUAUGAGAUGAAGGAGGAAGAACCUGUGGAAGGGAAGAAAUCUGAGGAUGACGGCAUAGAAAAAGAGAAUUUGGCAAUCCUGGAAAAAAUCCGGAAGAAUCAAAGACAAGACCACCUGAAUGGUGCAGUUUCUGGGUCCGUCCAGGCUUCAGAUCGACUUAUGAAAGAACUCAGGGAUAUAUAUAGGUCGCAGAGUUACAAGACAGGGAUUUAUUCAGUGGAACUUGUAAACGACAGUUUGUAUGAGUGGCAUGUAAAACUUCUAAAGGUUGAUCCUGACAGCCCGUUACAUAGUGAUCUUCAAGUCUUAAAAGAGAAAGAAGGUGUAGAAUAUAUUUUGCUCAACUUCUCAUUUAAGGAUAAUUUUCCCUUUGACCCUCCCUUUGUGAGAGUGGUUUCUCCGGUCCUCACUGGAGGGUAUGUUCUUGGUGGAGGUGCGAUAUGCAUGGAACUUCUUACUAAACAGGGUUGGAGCAGCGCUUACUCCACAGAAUCUGUCAUCAUGCAGAUCAAUGCCACGUUAGUGAAAGGAAAAGCCAGAGUACAAUUUGGAGCAAAUAAGAACCAAUAUAAUCUAGCAAGAGCACAGCAGUCCUAUAAAUCUCUAGUACAGUUACAUGAGAAAAAUGGCUGGUUCACACCUCCAAAAGAAGAUGGCUAAUGUUAUGGAAUUCUUGUACACUUGGACCAAUGUCAAUUUUACAAAUUCCUUCCAAAAGAUUCAAGCUACAAAUGCCUCUGUAACAGUCAUACUGAAGAUUCUAGCUGAUAGAUAAUUAGUGGAUGAUCUGUUGACUGAAGCAUCCAGUAUAAGUUACAACCAUACAAUUCUGCUCUUCUGUCAAUUCUCUUGAACAGUUUGAGACUCUACUGUAUCAUCCCCGUGGAAUAAGGAUACCAAUCUUCCUACAUUUUAAAGUGUAAAUCCUUCAAAUUGGAGUGUUGGUUUACUAAAAUAUUGACAGAUAGGAACUUCCUGCCACCACCUUUUGUAUGCACUUAAUUUUUUUUCCAGACUGCAAAGGACUGCAAUAUAUUUUAUUUAAAGCCAACCAUGUUGAAUAAAGUUAGUUUAUAAUAAUAUGUUGCCAAGUUUUCAGGGUCUUUUUAAAUCUGGGAUAUUGUUUUUUGCCUCAACCUAAAAUUGUAAGUGUUUUUAGUAUUGCCAAUUUGAAUGAUGAUAUGUAGGAGAACUGUAAUGUUAAAUCAUUCACCUCCUCUCCGCCCCCCCUCCCCAAAUCCUGACAGCUGUGGUUGAGAAUAUGAACUGUUUCUGGACAUAUGAAAUGCUCUCCAGUUGUCACGCUGCUUAAGCAGAGCCAGUUUGUGCCAAUAGAAUCGUGUGACUAGUCAUAUCCACUGGGGCAUCGAUUUCUUUCUUCCUUUCUUCCUAGUUGGCUAUUAUAUCUCCUUCACAUGAAGGAGCCAUAGGUAUCCUUGAAGUUGUUUUAAACAGAAAACUUCUUUAAGUGUGUAAUUCUGUUAACGGGUUGUUGCAAUCACUUGACAACGGAAACCGAAAGUCUGAACUUAAAAAGCAAUGGCAAAAGUCAAGAAGACACUCCUUUAUUUUAAAACAUUUAAAUCAAAGUGAUAGUAAGAAGUCCCAGGGAACUCUUUCACUCAGAGGGUUGUGGUUUUGUUUUUUGGGGAAAAUAUUGCCAUAGUUGUGACCGUAGUUUUGUUGAAAAACUAAUGGGAAACUGCUCUUCCUUUUUCAGGAAUCUGGUUGUGUAACUGCUGUGGAUCGGUAACUGCUAUGAUCAUUGCCUUACCUUUAAAAAAAGAUCAGGUGUGGUUUUUAAUUUUUGGUAGCUGAGUUUGUGUAGAAAUUUGUGAUCACAGGGAUUGAAAUAAAGGCGCAAGUACUUUUUAAAGUUGAGAAGUCCAGAGAUGUAUUGCCUCUCCCUGUUGCCCUUCCAAUAAAAAUAAGAAUAAUGUUUUCUUUUGACACCCAAGCAUGUAGCUUCAAGCGUUUGGUUACUUGUGCUGCUUUUGAACUUGAAAGAGGAGAAUAGAAAGAUUUUGCCUCGCUGAAGACUCAUGCAGUCUUUCAGGGAGUGAAAUGUGGAUGAUUUCCACUCUCCUUGCUUAUUUGGUUGUACAUAUUAUUACUAUAAAAUCCAGUUAGCAGCCUUAAGUCAGAGGACACAUUCUGUAAACUUUUAUAUAGCUUCUUUAAAUCCUGAGGCUAAAACUCCAAAUACCUUAUUGAAUUCUUAUCCUAAUGGACUAGCAGAAUGACAGGUGCACACUUGGCUUGCUUUUUUUUUUUGAGUUUCAUUUUUCAUUGCAGAAUUAUUUAGCAGUGUACGAUAAUCUGUAAACUUGCAUCAAGUUUAUGAAUAAAGAACAAUUUUAAGAA